GUCACGCGGUAGUUUCCCUCAUUACACCACUAUAUUUAGGUGGAGUGUUUAGGUUCAGUGUUUGUGUUCAGUGUUUGGGUGGAGUGUUUAGGUUGGUCGACUCUUAGCUGGUCGAUUUGAAAACUUUGCAAAACAUCCCGGAAAAAGCUGCGCGAGAUGACGGCAAAGACGAAAAGAAAACAAGUCGCGUGUUCAUGUGUCCGGCCUGCAGGGCUCAUGCGUGUGUGUUAAGGGCUUCAGUUUCAUGCGUGGAUUAUCGUCUGUUUAAAUCAAGAGACGCCCCCACCACAGACCGCCAUGGCCGACCAGGACGUGGGCGAGACCACUCCUCUUCUGGACAGCUCCUCUGCUCCAGUCCGACAGGACUCCGUCUUCAGAGGCCGGAGGCUGGCGUGUGCUGCCGUGCUUCUGGCAGAGUCUCUAGAGCGGAUGGCGUUCUACGGCAUCACCUCCAACCUCGUGCUGUUCCUCAACAGUCAGCCCUUCUACUGGGAGGGCACGCAGGCCAGCCAGGCCCCACUGGUUUUCAUGGGCGUCACAUACCUGAUCUCUCCGUUUGGCGGCUGGCUGGCGGACGCGUACCUCGGCAAGUUCUGGACCAUUGCCGGCAGUUUGGUCCUCUACUUGGCUGGGAUGCUCUUUUUCCCUUUUGUGGCCAGUAGGAAUUCCAGGAUUGGCAUGUGCGGAGAGGAGAUGGCGUUCCCGGUGCAGCCAGCGGAGUGCUUCAGUCCCAACGUGACACUCCCCCUCAACGUGACCUGCCCCACCCGCACACCCUACUGUGGAGCCGUGGUUUACAGCGGACUCGUGCUGGUGGCCCUGGGGGUGGGGGCCGUGAAAUCCAACAUCACUCCGUUUGGAGCGGACCAGGUGAAGGAUCGCGGCUCGGAGGCAACACGGCGGUUCUUCAACUGGUUCUACUGGUGCAUCAACCUGGGUGCCAUCCUGUCGCUGGGCGGCAUCGCCUACAUCCAGCAGAGCGUGAACUUCUCGGUGGGCUACAUCAUCCCCGCCGUGUGCCUGGGGGUCUCGCUGCUCGUCUUCCUCCUGGGCCGUGCUGUCUUCAUCACCAAGCCUGCGGACGGCAGCGCCUUCACCGACAUGGUGAAGAUUCUGGCCUCAGCCUGCUGUGGAGGACCGCCCCAACCCCACCUGCUCAGACCCAAACCCAGCCUGUUGGACGGGGCCAAGGUGACGUAUGGAGGGAGAUUCUCUGAGGAGAAGGUUGAGGAUGUGAGGUCUCUCCUGAAGAUCCUGCCUGUGUUUCUAGCCCUCAUCCCUUACUGGACCGUCUACUUUCAGAUGCAGACCACAUACUACCUGCAGAGCUUGCACCUGACCAUCCCCGGGACUGAAGCCAAUGCUACAGACCUCCACCCGAUGCGGUUUCAGUUCUCGGCCGCCUGGCUGACCAUGUUCGAUGCUGUGCUCAUCCUCUUCCUCAUCCCGAUGAAGGACAAGCUGGUCGACCCCUGGCUGAAACAUCGGCGUCUCCUUCCGUCUCCGCUCAAGAGGAUUGCCGUGGGAAUGUUCUUCGUCAUGUGCUCCGCCGUCGCCGCAGGUAUUCUGGAGACUAAGAGGCUGGACGUGGUCCGCACUCAGGGAGUCGUCCCCCAGAUCCUGGGGGGGGUGACGUACUACGCUGCUGAUCUGCCCAUCUGGUGGCAGGUGCCUCAGUACGUCCUCAUCGGAGUCAGUGAAAUCUUCGCCAGCAUCGCAGGCCUGGAUUCCUCCGCGACCAUCAGACGCGUUCGAGCGGCAUGUGUCGUGCCCAGCGGCGUGUGCAGAACUGUCAGCUACAGAGCCAAUCGAUACCCUGACGCCGGACCCUUUAGGUUGGGGGGCGGAGACCCCCAUGUCGCCACAGCCCAGCCGAGACAGCUGGGGCUGGAGUUUGCCUACUCUGCGGCGCCCCGCUCCAUGCAGAGUGCCAUCAUGGGCCUCUUCUUCUUCUUCUCUGGUAUUGGCUCCUUCGUGGGCUCUGGUCUGCUUGCCCUUGUGUCUCUCAGGUCCAUCGGAUGGAUGUCCUCCCACAAAGACUUCGGUAACAUAAAUGAGUGUACCCUGAACUACUACUUCUUCCUCCUGGCUGGUAUUCAGGGACUCACUCUCCUCCUCUUCUUCAUUGUGUCUGUGAAAUAUGACAAGCAGAAAACCAGAAUGAGGAGCCACAGGUCGUCCUUCGCCAGCUCAUGAAACUGCGGCGCGCACACUCACACACACUCACUCACUCACUCACUCACACACACACACACACACACACACACACACACACACACACACCACACCCUGCAUUUGGACAAUCUAGUUCCAGGCAUCUUGUUUUCUAGAAUUUUAAACUUUUUUCCUGUUUUUGUAAAGAUGGUUUCUUUUUGGUAAUCUCCAUUUUUAAAUGAACACACUGCUUUGCUCUAAAAGCUUCUAGACUGCGUCUCAGCGCUGUUGGUUUUCGGUUCUGGAGCUCUGAGGAAGACUUCUCCUGAGGGGUGUUGGGUAGGUGGAGUCACAGGCUGGUCUCCACUUACGUAAUUGAUGGUUUUUAAUAAGCGCUGUAAUGUCCUACAGGGGAACCACAAAUCUUGUCACCUCUAGACCAAAGCAUCAAGGUCACAAACUGGUCACGUAACGCUCAUAGCCUUGACUCCAGCAGUGGGAGCUCUGACGUCACGGCUGCAGUUUAAAACACUCCAGGAUGAGUUCUCUUGGUUCUGACAUGUUGUUUUGGGUAAGACAGAACAAAAAUGACGUCUUUGAUGUAAAACAAACAAACAAAAAGUACGAUUCUGCAGGUUGUGGAGCCCAGAAUGGUCUGGGCGUCUCUACUGGGUGUGCGUGGACUAGUGCAAAGACCUGCACUCAGUGGGGUUUGUACUGUCUGAUAAAACUGGCCAAAUCUUUUUUUUUUUAGCAAUGAUCUACAUGCAAGUUUCCUCGUGAGUAGCACUGCAAUUAAGGUAACGUGUGGGUGUUUCACCAUCACCAGUCUUGGAGUGCUGAGAGGUGUUAGUUUUUCAGCCUGCAGUAUUUGCAUUGCCUUUUCUCUAGAAUGUCUUUUAGCUUCAGAAGUGACACCACGCGCCAAUUCAGAGUUGGCGUUGGACCUUCUGCUGAAUGUGGGAAGCUGGAGUCAUUCUGUUUGCCUCGCAGCAGUGUCCGAUUGGGAAACGGGUCAUAAAUGAACAACUCUGGGUUCUAUUUACUUAAAGGUAAACAGAACCACAUGAGUAGCUCUGCACAAGCUAACAUUUGUUUUGUUGUGGCAAUGGAUUAUCUACCUACACUGUGCAUGUGUUUGCUAUAUGUACGUUGUAUCACAACAAAUCUUUCUGUAGCUACAAUAAGAGCAACAGGAAAUAUAAUGAAUUGAGAGCUAUAGAUGUCACAAGACCUGCAGAACUGUUUUAGGCUGAACAGUGCAACUUGUUUCUCACGGUGCAGCUUUGCACUUCAGGACAGAAUGAUGCACAGGGAUGGUGGAGGUUCUUGUUUCGGGGUCUGGGAUGAAACCAGCACAAAUGAGGCCCACUCUCACUGAAGAGGUCCCCCUUUAAAGGAUAUGUUUAGUUUGCUUGUAAAGAUUGCUGGUCAGAACACAGAGAGAACAUCAUUGGAGAAGAUCUCACCACAUCGCCAGAUGAACUCAUCAUCGCCAGAUUAACACACACACAUAAUCUCCAGAUGAACACACACACACACACACACACACAUCAUCUCCAGAUGAACACUUCUUCACUACUUGACUUGAAUGUGUUUCUUUACAUUCUUGUUUCCCCUUGUGGUCUGCACUGUACACUCUGGGCUAUGGAGCUGCUUUACAACUGUAGUUAUAACUAAUUUAAUUUUUUAGCAAUAAUUAUGCAUUUUUAACUUAAAAAUCAUUAUUUACUGACUAACAUCUUAAUGUCUGUGUCAUGUUUUUGUUACUGGUACUAGAUGAAAUAUGUCAGCUAUAAUGUUCUGGUUCCACAAUGCAUUGGGGCAUAAGUUGUGUUUUUUCAUGUGUGAAUCGGCUACGCUAAGGUACAGGGUAAAUGCUAAAGUCUUUGAUUUUUUUCCCUCUUUGGCUGAUUAAUUGCAUAUCUCUUUUGGCAUUGCCGUGCGAGCUGGUAGCUGGACCUGCUUCUCCUUAGGUGUGCGUUUGUAGGAGUUUCUCCAGUGUGUUCUUCAGAAGAGCAUACGGUCCGACACCUCGCAUAGCUUUUUCACCAGACUAACAGACCCUAAUAUUUUAAAUGGUGUAUGCACAUAUACUAAUAAUAUGCUUAAGAAACAAGUGUGCUAUUUUAACUGUUUACAGGCAGUAGCAGGCAGGCAUGGAGAGUGCUGGAUCAUAUAUUUCUGUAGGACUUUGUAAUCGGACUGCUUUGUUCUUGCUAAGCAAUUAAAGGCAGCAGGCAGAACUAAUCAGUGAAGCGGGUUGGGUGACGUAACACCACGGCAGCACUUUUUUAACUUGAAUUUAUGUCACUGGCUGCCAGUCGCGUCACAAAUUCUCAGGCUGAUGCACAUUUUUAUCUCAGAUUAUCUUGGCAUAUUUAUUAUGAUUUAAAAAUGUGAUGUUUUCCACAUGUGAUGGUCUAGACACUGUGACUCUUCAGAUUCUGAUGAAAGCAGUGUGUGAGUGUUUCUGAUUCUGACCUUUUCAGAUGUAACGGUACGACGCCCUGUUCACCGUGUCUGUGCUGACGCUGAUGGCUGGUUUUAUCUGAUUUAUUUUUCUUCAUUAAAAUUUCACUGAACCUCA